AUGACAAGCAAGCGAGAAAGGGACCAGGAACGGCGACGAACCAAAAACUCCCGUGAACGACUGAAAAGGCGAAAGGAGCGCACUAUUCAAAAUUUCCACGACUACGCUCUUCUGUCGGGUGCCAAAGUAUACAUGCUCAUUCAAGAGCGCAGUGGGGAAGUAACUGAGUAUCGAAACACAUCAGAUAAGAAAUUUCCGCCUUCUUAUACGCAGAUACGCCGACUUUUCCCGUCUGCGAGACUAUUGACUCCAGAGAGCUUUGGCACCACCACUUUAGUGGAUCAAGCAUCCACAAAUGCAAGACAACGCCCCGGAAGAGAGGAUGAUUUCACUGGCCUCCAAUUUGAUCCACUAGCUACCGAUUCAUUACUGGCCAAUGAUUGGUUGGUAACAAACGGCUGCUUCGGUGACUCCCAACAGUUAUGUCUUCCAGUGCAAACAGAGUCCACUCAUGAUCAUGCCGGUACAAAUGUCGAGCAGUGUCUAGAACACAGCACAUUUUAA